AAGCGCAGUGUGCUCCCAGAAGAGGGGUGAGGCGUCCUAUAAGUACAGAGCAGCCGUGUCAUUACAGACACACAUCAGAGGGGGACAAGAUCACUCAGGAUGGAACUCAGCUCGACGGCUCUCUUCUCCGUGGGCUUUCUUCUGCUGCUCCCACAAGCAACUCUCAUGAGCACGGGUCCAAAGUCUCUUCCAAUUAUUCUGACUGUGGAGAAUGACCUGUCUAACAUGACCCCUGAGACCUACUUCAGCUCUGUGGUGGAAAGAGGAGUGCUGCUGGGCGCUCUGAGGAGAGUUCAGGACACACAGCAGGAUUUCAAGUUCACAGUGAAGGAGGACCCAAACUUUGGACUGAUGCUGGAGAGCGUGAACGGAGUGGCUGGCAGCGAGCACGAGCAGACAUACUGGGAGAUCCUGUCAGUGAGCUCAGGAGAGUACAGCCGACUGGAUGUGGGAAUUGGCUGCUACCAACCCAAAGCAAAUGAACACAUCAUCCUCAGGUUCAGCGUGUGGCCUCAACACGUUUAGCAGAAGGAAUUUGGAGUCAGACCUGGAAGAGGAUCAAGAUUUGUUUUAUUUGUCAUUUUUGCAUAUAUGACCGUCUCUGCAUCAUGUGUUAUUGUUGAUGCUGAUGACUGCUGUUAGUGAGAAUAAACAAAAUAGCAACA